ACACACACACACAGCUUCAGCCCUGUGAUUCUCCGCUCCUGGCUGCUUUCCACAUUCCGCCCACCUCUCCAAACCCAGGCAUCCUGGCCUCCAGAUGCAGCAGCUGCCUGUGGCUCCCCCCACCCCAGCCCCGUGACUCAGGCUCUCUGAAGGGACCAGCCGGCUUCUUGGCAUUCACUGGGAAAGGGCGGGGGGUGCAGGGCAGGGGGGCUGGGUGGUGACAUCAUCAUGGAAGGGUAUAAAAGCUUCAAGCCAAAACAAUUGAAGACAAAACCUGCCCGUGUAGCCCGUGCUCCUGGGGACACCCUAGCCUUUCACCCACAGCCCUCUGGCCUGAGAUCUGCACUGCUGGGAGACCUCCCCGCUGACUCCAAUGCUGGGCUCUCCCUGCCUUCUGUGGCUCCUGGCUGUCACCUUCUCCUUAGUGGCCAGAUCACAGCUCUUGACCCCUCAAGACUUUAAGGAAGAGGAGGAAGAUGAGACACUACGGCCGCCUCUGCCUGCUGUCCUCUGUGACUACGACAGUUGCCGCCACCUGCAGGUGCCAUGCAAGGAGCUGCAGAGGGCCGCCCCCAGGGCCUGCCUGUGCCCUGGGCUCUCCAGCCCUGCCCAGCCUCCUUACCCUCCGCGCCUGGGAGAAGUGCACGUGGUGGCUGAGACGGGCAGCGCCGUGGUGCACUGGUGUGCCCCCUCCUCCCCGGUCCACCAGUACUGGCUGCUGCUUUGGGAAGGCAGUGGGGCUGCCCAGAAGGGGCCCCCCCUCAACUCUACAGCCCGCAGAGCAGAACUGAAGAGGCUGAAGCCUGGGGGCACUUAUGUCGUUUGCGUGGUGGCUGCAAAUGGAGCUGGAGAAAGCAGCGUGCCAGAGGCAGGUGGGGAGGGCCUUGAUGGGGUGAGUGGCCCUACUUUCGGGCCCUGCGGCAGGCUGGCCGUGCCCCCCAGGUCCCUGACCCUGGUCCACACAGCUGUUGGGGUGGGCACAGUUCUGGUCCUGCUGACUUGCUCUGCUCUGGUUUGGCACUUCUGCUUGCGUGAGCGCUGGGGCUGCCCCCACCGCGCAGCCUCCCUACCAACAGCAGGGCUCUGAAGCAACCUGGGGGCCUCUUAGGCCUGGCUGAGUCUGGGCUUGGAGAGGAGAGGUCGGCCUGGACUCCUUGGGAGGAGGCGGUUGCCGCUGCUGCCCAGAACAGCCCAGAACAGCCCAGAGGGCAGAGUAGAAGGCCAGGUGCCUGGGCCACAACUGAGUCUCAGUGCUUAGCCUGAGAGCUUGCUCAGGCCCCAAACUCUCCGUUCUGCUCCACACUGAGGGUUGGAAAGGAGCAGAGAAGCUUGCAAUUUUUUACUUAAAGGACCAGAUAGUAAACAACGUAGGCUUUGCAUUUCCAGAGGACAAAAUCAAAGGUGAUUUGUAGGUACUUCUAUAGCCAUGUAAUCAUGUAAACACGUAAAAAACAUUCUUAGCUCAUCGGCCCUACAAAUCAGGCCCUGGCUAUAUUAGGCCUGUUGGCUGUAGUUAGCUGAUCCCAAUCCCUGCCAUAUACCCUCCAAAGGGCCCUGUCACCUUGGUGGCUUUGGUGGGAUUUUUGAGAACAAGCUGCUGCAGGAUAGGAGUUUGGGGCAAGACUACUUCCUCUUUUACCUUUUAUUUAGAUCUAGAGGAUGUGCACACCUGAGUCCAAAUCCACCUGUCUGAAGUGGAGAUAAAUUACAUGGGUUGGAGAACCACAGACUGCCUAACUACUUUCUGAGGCAUUUCCCAGAUCCAAGGAUUUCCCCCACUUUCCCUAAAUCUGUGUUUGUUGUAUAUCCACUGUACCAACAUUAAAGGAAAUAUAAAAGGAAGAUA